GCGGCUCCCGAGCCAUUUGUGGCUCUUUCACCUCUGUGCUGCGGCUCCCUGUGGCUUUGGGAAAUAAUUGGUCAGUAUUUAAUUAAAAUGUAUUUUAUGUUAGUUUGUUAGCUUUUGAAAUGUAAUUAUGGUGAUCUUGUACAACCUAAGUGUAGCGACACAUUUCCUGCCACAUCCGAAACGGCUCACAAUUAGCCAGCAUUCCGGCUAAGGGAGAUAGCCUACGGGGGUUUGUGAGUACGCGUCUUUUGCAGCAUCUGCGUCCAUGGGGGCUGGGUUGAGGGAGGCUUAAAAGCAAGGCUGUUUAGUUCGAAUAAAGCUAUCUUUGACUGCAGUUUACUGACACCGCUACAAUGUGUUUUUAUCGCUGGCUGUCCAGACGGAAGGUGCUGAAACGCUUUGUCGCGUGUCUGGAAGAAGUGAAAACUUUCCUGGGCAGCAAAGGGCUCAACUUUCCUGAGCUGGAACAGCCAGAGUGGCUGGAAAAGCUACACUUCAUGGUAGACAUGACAGCGCACCUGAACACGCUGAACACAGCUCUUCAGGGGAAAGGACGUACAGCCCUGCACAUGUUGGAGGAUGUUUUGGCAUUCAAGCGCAAGUUGACAGUGCUUGCCAGAGAUUUACAGAAAGGCACUUUGUCUCACUUCCCCAAUUUGAGAGAGUUCAAACAAGGUCACGACAUGAUAAUUUCGGAGUAUUUACAUUCUGCAAUCAUCGCAAUGCAAACAUCGUUUGGGAAACGCUUCUGUGAGUUCAGAGAGGAAAAAAACACAUUAUCCUUCCCGGUCACUCCCUUAAGCAUCGAUCCUUCCCUACUGAAUACGACUGCAUUGGCAGGUGUGAGUCAACCUGAUCUUGAGAUGGAACUGGCCGACAUAGCCGACAAAGACAUAUGGGUGUCCAAGUUUAGACGCUUGACAGCAGACCUUGAAGAUGUUGCCCGUCAGAAGGCCGUUCUUGCUCAGAAACACAAAUGGAGUGAUAUUGAAAACCUCACAGAUGACAGCUUGCGAUCCUGUGUAAAGAUGAAGGUGACAUCAUACAGCCCUGAUGUGCAGACGCUGUGCGCUGAGGUCCAGGAGCAGAAAUCCCAUUAACCAAGAUGACAGCUGGCUGACGUUAUUUUUGGUUUGCUGCUGGCGGAAAAUUUAAUUUCGGCGUUUUUCAUAAAUACAAGAAGGACUCAAAUAGACAUUGAAUAUUUUACUUAAAAGUAACUUUCAACCCAACGUCUUUUUU